AAAUCGAGGCAGGGAGCGAGGGUGACUCCCAAGGACUAACUGCGACCACCUCCCAAAGAUCUAAAUUCGGAAGCUGGCGAACACCCAAAUGAACCGGCUUCAGAAUGCUGCAAUUUAAAGCCAGUACAGUGUGGGCAGGGCGCAGUCGCAGGCGCAGGCGCAAGUGCCGGGAGCACCACGUGACCCCAUGGAUCUGCGCUCACGUGACUCCAGUCCUCCUGUCCCUUCCCUCCGCCAGCCUUAGGGGCAGGACUCGUGCAGCCGCCGGGGGUCAGCUGACGGGGCGUGCUCGCGGAGUGUUCCACUGCGCUUCCCCACCCCCAACGUUGGGUAGAGGAUCAAACGCAAAUGACGGUUCAUUAACAUCGACUCUGAAGACUCUUCUGGUUUUCACAGCUUUAAUGAUCACUUUACCUAUUGGAUUAUAUUUUUCUUCUAAAUCUUAUGUGUUUGAAGGUGCCUUUGGGAUGUCCAACCGAGAUAGCUAUUUCUAUGCUGCAAUUGUUGCUGUUGUUGCUGUUCACAUGGUACUGGGGCUGUUCGUCUAUGCUGCAUGGAAUGAAGGCACACGCCAGUGGCGGGAAGGCAAACAGGACUAACGAGUAUCACCUUUUGAUAAUGGAUAAAAUAAGAAAAUAGUUCACAGGUGUUCACUUAGGGUAUGGGAUCCCUACUCUUCGUCAUGUUCUUGUAUAAGUUGGUGAACAGAAGAAAGUUUCUACUAUUAGAAUGAGGUCCUGAAAAUUGAAAAAAAAACGAAUAAAAUCAUCUUAUUUUCCAAGAAACGGUUUUCCUACUGCAUGUCUGUAAAAAUGUCUGCCUUUUUUAUUUUGGAAGGUACUUCACUGAAAAGAUCGUCUUACACAAUGUAUGUGCCUCCUGUAAAACAUCUUAAUAAAGAUUUGUUAUGAACCCUUGCA